GCCAAAUGAAUCACCAAUCACGUGAAUAGUUGGAGCAACCAAAAGCCAAACCCGUCCCUUGCCAGUCUCCAAGGGGUCACACACCAUCAAGCGAAUUUGAUCUACACCUCCCUUUGCUGACUUCCUUCUACUUCUGGGCAUGAUCCAGCAGCUCCUAUAAGAACCUCCUCCUUUCGAUAAUCUUACCAUCGCUUUCUUCCUGAUACUCAGCCUCCGCGAUUCGGAAAUGGCCCACUCCACCUUUUCUCAGGUUUCUGUUGUUGUUCCAGUUGGAAGUGAUCUGUCUGUCAAGAGAUCAGUGUUUAAGGCAAAUAGCCUAAACUUUCAUGAUAAGUCAUGGUCACCUGUCUUAGCUCUGGACUUGAAUCGAAGGAGCACUAGGGUGAGAGGUUGGCAAACAGUAUGCAUGUCAGUGCAACAAGCAAGUGUACCAAAGGUAUCUGUUGCACCUUUACAACUUGAAGAUGUCAAAGAGCCUCCAUUGAAUUUAUACAAACCAAAAGAACCUUACACCGCAACUAUUGUUUCGGUUGAAAGACUGGUUGGUCCUAAAGCACCAGGAGAGACUUGUCAUAUUGUAAUUGAUCAUGGCGGCAAUGUUCCCUAUUGGGAAGGACAGAGCUACGGCGUCAUUCCUCCAGGUGAAAACCCUAAGAAACCAGGGAAUCCACACAAUGUUCGCCUUUACUCGAUUGCAUCAACUAGGUAUGGCGACUCUUUUGAUGGCAAGACUGCUAGUUUAUGUGUUCGUCGUGCCGUUUAUUAUGACCCGGAAACUGGAAAGGAGGAUCCUUCAAAGAACGGAGUAUGCAGCAAUUUCUUGUGCGACUCAAAGCCUGGAGAUAAAAUUCAGAUCACAGGCCCAUCUGGCAAGAUAAUGCUUCUUCCUGAAGAUGACCCAAAUGCCACCCACAUAAUGAUUGCUACUGGCACUGGCGUUGCUCCAUUUAGAGGUUAUCUCCGUCGAAUGUUUAUGGAGUCUGUACCAACAUUCAAAUUUGGUGGCCUUGCGUGGUUGUUUCUCGGAGUGGCGAACAAUGAUAGUCUAUUAUAUGAUGAUGAAUUCAGCAAGUAUCUCAAGGACUACCCAGAUAACUUCCGGUAUGAUCGAGCUCUUAGUAGGGAGCAAAAGAACAAGACCGGAGGCAAAAUGUAUGUCCAGGACAAGAUCGAGGAGUACAGCGACGAAAUCUUUAAGCUCUUGGAUGGCGGAGCCCACAUAUACUUUUGUGGACUGAAGGGGAUGAUGCCUGGAAUUCAGGAAACUCUGAAAAGGGUUGCAGAGCAAAGAGGUGAGAAAUGGGAAGAGAAGCUUUCACAACUUAAAAAGAACAAACAGUGGCACGUAGAAGUUUACUGAAGUUGCAUAGAUGUAGCAACACAUCUCUUGUUCUGUGUUACUCUCGGCAUUGCUCAUCUUUCAAUUUCAUAGGUUAAGAUGAGGAAUAAGGUGGCUACCGCUACUGCUACUGCCAUCGUAUUCAGCUCGUCUCUAUUGAACUACAGGAACGCUGAUAUUUCUUUCUUGAUUACAUAGACUAAGGAACCUAUGCAGAACCUUAAUCUGUGAUAGUGUUUGAAUAUGCUUGGAAUUGGUAUAGACUUCAAAUUUUAGAAUUCAACUGUCAGCAAGCCUUCUGAGUUCAAUAUAUGGGUUUUGAUGAGCUCUCUUUGUUUGCUUAUUGAUCUUCACAUAAAGUAUUGCCUUUGCAGGUUGUAAGAAAUUCAAGCAUUUUAAAUAACUUAUAAUUCUAAUGGAUUCAGUUAGCCAGUCCUGUUUCUGAGUA